UAUUGUUCCUUUUCCUGCAACAUACUGUGUGACUCGCGUGUUUUUUUUCAAACGUUUGUGUUUCAUUCAAAAUUCUGCAUUCUACAUUCGGCAUUCUGUGGUGCAACAAAUUCUAAUUUGGUAGAGCUAUUAUCAUUAUUAUUUUUGAAAUAAAAAAACAAAGCUCAUCCACAUCACAAAAUGCCACCAAAAGUUGAUCCAAAUGAAAUUAAAAUUGUAUAUCUUCGAGCCGUUGGUGGUGAAGUAGGUGCUACAUCAUCUCUGGCCCCUAAAAUCGGUCCUCUAGGUUUAUCACCGAAAAAAGUUGGUGAUGAUAUCGCUAAAGCUACGGCCGAUUGGAAAGGUUUGAAAGUUACCUGCAAGUUGAUCAUCCAAAAUCGUCAAGCCCAAAUUGAAGUAGUACCAUCGGCUGCAUCGUUGUUGAUCAAAGGCCUAAAAGAACCAGCACGUGAUCGUAAAAAAGUUAAAAACAUCAAACACAGUGGUAAUUUACCAAUGGAUGAAAUCAUCAGAAUUGCCCGCAUCAUGCGACCACGUAGUAUGGCACGUAAAUUGGAAGGUACCGUAAAAGAAAUUCUUGGCACCGCUGUUUCAGUUGGUUGUACUGUUGAUGGUCAACAUCCACAGGAUAUUAUUACUAAAAUCAAAGAUGGUGAAAUUGAAAUUCCAGAUGAGUGAACACAAAAUGCUAUAAUUUAACACAUGAGAUGAGAUAAAUCUCAUCAUUUUUUUUUGCAAAUAAAAGAUUUUUUUAUUCAAUUUCA